AAGACCCCAAUGAGAGAGUACUAUCUAUGGAUAAUAAUGAAGAAAAACUUGAAAAUAACCCUGUCAUUGAAGAAGACCAUAAGGAUAAUACGGAGGAGGAAGUAGAUAAUAUUGAAUUAGUUAGCAAUGAUAAAACUAUACCUAGUAUUGAAAUUAGUUCCUUUCAGACCACUGAGGCAGAACCAUUUUUUGGUUUUAGUAAUAAUGAUGUCAAAGAGAUACUAGAACUUAAAUCUAAUUUAGAAACCCUAGCAGAUGAUACUAUACCUAUGUAUAAUACUAAUGAAGAAGUUAGUGAUUCUGAAAGCAAUGCUGAGGAUAAUGUAAGUUGUGUAAAAGUUAAGAGUGAUGAUGAUAGUAAUUCAUCAUCAGAUUCCAAUAGUGAUGACAAGGAUUCUCUAUAUGAUACUUGUACAAGUGAUCAAAGUUCAGCUGAUGAAAAGGUAAUAGUCAAAGAACCUAUUGUUAGAAUUCAAAGAAUGAAUGACUCCUCUUUUCUGAGGUUUUAUGAGAAGAUGAAUAAUUAUAGCUCUGAGAGUGAUGAUAAUGAUAAUAAUGAUGAUUCUAAACAAUUAAGUGAUGAAAAUGAAAACAGUUACAAUGAUCAAAUUAGUCUUAAUGAUGCAGAAAUAUCACAAGAAGAGUUUAAUAGCUUUGAAACAAAUGACAAAACCGAUGAAAGCAGUUUUGAAAAAACAAAUAGUGAUAAUAAUUUAUUAGAAAAUGAAGCCAGUGAAUCUGUUGAAUCUGAUAUGGAGGCAAGUGAUGAAGAAAAAUGCAUCAGUUUCGUUACAACUAGAAGAAGGAAUGAAGUUACAAAUAAUUCCAUGAUGUCCAUUUUUAAUGAUUCAUAUGCAUCAUCCAGCACUGAUUAUGAUAAGACUGUCCUUAGCAAUACUGAUAUGAAUAAUACACAAGUAGACAAUGUAAAAAGUGAUGUAAUUAAUGAAAUAGCUAAUGAUAAUAAUGAGGUAUCUAACAAGGAGUUGGAAGCUACAGAGGUUUUACCAAUUAGUGAAGACAAACCAGAUAGCAGAAUCUCAUUUGUUACUACUAGGAACAGCAAUAUUACUGAUAGGAGAAGUUGCAGGCAAAGUAGGCAGAGCCCAAUAAUACCUACAAGACAUUCUGUAACUAUUCGUAAAAGUUCUAAAUUACCUACAGAAAGCUUAACACAUACUCCAGGAUCUUCACGAAAAACAUGCUUUGAUAAACCAGCUAUUGUCCUCCAGCCAGGCAAGAAAUGGGAAAGAUCGUUAAGUAUUUACAGAAGAAUUACUAUGAUGACUGAUCAUUUUGAUCAAUCCAUCUUAGAAGAUGAGCCUAUAGAGAAAAAAGGCAGAAAAUACAGACAAAGUGUAAUAUGCACGAUGGAAAUGCAGGAGUUGAAUGGUUCCCUACAUAAUGAAUCAAUCAAUAGUCGCAGAAGUACAUUUGUAUCAAAGCCGAGUCGAUCUACAAUCAGAAUUGUAAAAGAUUCUGAUAUUUCAAGACUUAGUUUAUGCAACACGACUGUAUUUGAUGACUUAAAAGGAUUUUUGAACGAGGAGUGUGAUGAUACUAUUAUCGAAUUAUCCAAACUCUCGAUCGCUGAUCAGUCGCACGAGGUCACUGUAUUAGACACCUUCCAUGAUACUUCGAGCCGUUUAGCUACACCAAGGGAUUACGUGUUGCGUCGAUGCGGCCAGGCGGACGCGAUACUAUUUGAUGAAUGCUAUCCGGACACGGUGUUGAAAAACUGCCACAAAAUCGGCGAAGGGGUGUACGGCGAAGUGUUUUUGUGGCGUGCCAGAGAUGGCCGUGCUCGCGUGCUGAAGAUAGUGCCAAUCGCCGGCACUCUCAAGGUCAAUGGGGAGAGUCAGAAGGACUUCCACGAAAUCAUAUCUGAGAUUGUGAUUGCUAUGGAAUUAAGCGCACUACGCGCUCCCAUAGCCGAAAUAAAUCGCCACUUUGAUGAAGGGAAGGACGUCGAGGCACUCAAUCUACACGCUAUAGAAAAUGCAACUGAUGUAUUCAAUGAGGUGCUAGCUGUGAAGUGCGUAUACGGCAGCUACCCAGCUCGCUUGCUCGACCUGUGGGACCUUUAUGACGAGUGCAAAGGCUCUGAGAACGACAACCCAGCCAUCCUACCAGCGGACCAGCAGUUCAUAGUGUUGGAACUAGCCAACGCCGGGCAAGACUUGGAGAGCUACCAGUUCAAUAACGCUGAGCAGGCGUAUGCUUUGUUCCUGCAGGUGGCGUAUGGUCUGGCAGUUGCCGAGGAAGCCUUCCAGUUUGAGCAUAGAGAUCUCCACUGGGGUAACGUGCUGAUCGCACCAACUGAUCAGAAGGUAAGAAUUACACAUAUGCCAUACAAUGUUACAAUAUACUGAGACCCAUCCGGGUGGCAACGGAAGGCUUCCUUACUAGAAGGGGUUUAAGCGAUUUCUUUCCUUUAAGUAUAUAAUUCGUUACAUAUUCGUAGUGCAAAGGCAUCUUUUUUAUUACUUGUAGGAUUGUCUG